GGUUCUAAGGUAUAUUUCAAAACGGGCCUUUGAAUUGCAUGACUCCGGGUCGUGUGGAGAGUUGACAAUCCUCCAUAUCGUGGUUAAGGAAAUGAAUCGACUCGGCCUUUGAUUGAUUUUUUUAUUCUUAAGUGCGUAAGUUACGUAAUAUAUUGUCUACGUGCCUAUUAUACGUGUAAUGUUCAACUCGUGUUUGUUCUCUUUUUUCAUUUUGUUUCGGAAAAAGGGAAUAACUCUCAAAGCCACCAAGGAAACCGGUGGAAGAUGUUUCAAGCGACGAUGACAACGAGUUUGGACUCGUCAUCAAGAAGUUUCACAAAUUCAUGAAGAAGGAAUUUGAGUGGAAGGGAAGGAAGCACGACGGUCCUCCAAAAUGCUACGGCUGUGGCGAGAUUGGCCACAUCAAGCCGAGGUGCCCAAAAGUCAAGCACGGCAAGGACAAACCCGGCUUCAAGAAGAAAAGAGCGUACAUUUCUUGGGGUGGCGAUUCCGGCGACGAAUCAACCAACCAAGAGGAGGGCGAAGCUGCAAACCUCUGCCUUAUGGCGCACGGAGACCAAAGCAACGACGUCCAAGAGCAAGGGAAAGAUUAUCGGCAUUGGUUCGAUUCACUUGAAAGAAUACACGUUGAAGACGAUGAGGAAGACACGCCAUUAUACAUCAACCCGCAACCACAACCUGCGGAAACACCUCAAGUGAUGGUCGAAAAUGAGGAUCAAGCGGACGAAGAAGAACACGAGGAAGCCCAGGAACAAGAGGAAACCGAGCUUCCCGUCGCUUGGAGAACGAACAAGAACCAUCCACUUGACCAGGUAAUCGGCAGCAUCAACCGCGGGAAUUCUUCAUCAUGGGCAAAGACAAGAGCAGGGCUGCUACAUCCGGGAAAUCCAAGGCAAAAUCUCAGGCUCCAACGACAACUUCCGAAGAACGCCUCUACUACGGUGACGGGUCGUAUCUCUGGUUCGAUUCUGAGGAGGAGCGCACCCGCUUUCUCACUUUCUUCUCCAAGCAGGUUGUGGCUCCCAGAGCGCUUCCCGGAGUUGCAAGGCUAUGACUUCCUCGACGGGCAGCUUCACCAAACCGGCCUAUGUCCGUUCGUCUCCCGGACUCAGAAGGAGAUCAACCCGGCGCUGAUUCGGGUCUUCUACUCGAAUCUCCGGCGUGAUGACAACGCCAUUGAUGGCUUCACGGGAGAUAUAGUUGAAGUAGAAGGAUCCAUUGUCCCGCUGGUUGAACUAGGCACGGGGGAGAAAAGUGUGAGGAAGAAGAUGCAGUUUAUCGCUGUGGACAUCAAAUGUGUCCAUAACGCCAUACUGCGGAGACCGGGCAUCAACCAAGUCCAGGUCGUGAUCUCUAUGCUCCACCUAUGCAUGAAAUUCUACACACCGAGUGGUGUGGACGAAGUCCGGGGAGAUCAGAGAAAUGCACGGGAAUGCUACGCCUGGGCAGUCAAGAAGAUGAUGAAGGGAGUCAACAUUAUCUCACAAGAGAUAACAAAGGAGGAAACCCAGGAAAGAAUCGAACCGAAGGCUAAUAGUGUGGAGAUUGAACUCCACCCGGGCGAUAAUGGGAAGGUGGUGCGUAUAGACGCAAAUAUGCCUAAAGAUCUGUGAGAAGAAAUUACUCGGGUUCUU